AUGAACUUCUUCUUCCACCUCCUCAAGGUGGAGGAGAACGGGGUCUUGGAGGACAUGGAAGAGGACAUCAGCCUGAAGAAACGGAAAGGUGAUCACCACGGCAACAAAGACUUAGAGUCACGAGACUCCGGACAGGAUGCUGAAGGUGAAAAGGUCAAGAAGCGCCGGGGCCGACCUCCGGCGGAGAAACUGCUCCCCAACCCCCCCGAGCUCACCAAGCAGCUGAGCACACUGGUGGAUAUGGUCAUCAACUACAAAGAUGGGUUGGGCCGUCAGAUCAGCAAAGGCUUCAUCCAACUGCCUUCUAGGAAGGAGGUGUCAGAGUAUUACGAGCUGAUCCGAAAGCCUGUGGACUURAGGAGGAUCCYGGUAGGCUCAGUGGACCCUCUACACCAGAGAUUCCCAACCUUUUUCACACAGGGUCCCCUAUUUUACAUUUGAUCAAAUUAGCCACAAAUACAUAGCAUUUUACAUUUUCAUAUUGCAUUUGAUAUAACCCUUCAUAGUUCAUAACAGCAUCACAAUGAAUUGGAAUACAGUGCACUUGUAGGCCUCCACAAAAACAGUAGGCUAUUUUACUGCAAAUAGACUUUUGGUGUAAAAUAGCCAUCUUAAAGACUCAUUCCAAUUAAAUGCAGAGAUUUGUGAACACACCAUUUUCUGUUCAUAUUGCAUUUUAUAUGACCUAUAUCAGCAUCAAAAUGAAUUAUCUAUUA